AUGUCAAAAGUCAAAGUGAAGAAUCCCAUCGUGGAGAUGGAUGGCGAUGAGCAAACCCGCAUUAUUUGGCACCUCAUCCGAGAAAAAUUGGUUAUACCAUUCCUGGACAUUGACUUACGCUACUAUGACUUAUCCAUAGAAAAUCGCGAUGCUACUGAAGAUCAAGUAACGAUUGAUUCGGCUAUUGCAACCCAGAAAUAUGGCGUGGCUGUGAAAUGCGCUACUAUUACCCCGGAUGAAGCAAGGGUUGAGGAGUUCAAGCUGAAAAAAAUGUGGAAAUCACCCAACGGCACGAUCAGGAAUAUUUUAGGCGGAACAGUGUUUCGAGAGCCAAUUGUCAUUCCAAAAAUACCCAGGCUUGUCUCAAAGUGGACUGAUCCCAUCAUCAUUGGACGGCAUGCAUUUGGUGACCAGUACAAAGCUACCGACGUAGUCAUUCCCGGCGAGGGGGAGCUGAGGCUGGUAUUCAAGUCCAAAAAUGGAGAUCAGGACUUAGAUUUGAGCGUAUUCCACUUUCCGGAGACAGGCGGCGUGGGCCUAGCAAUGUAUAACACAGUAGAAUCGAUCGAAGGGUUUGCCCGGGCCAGUUUUGAAUUGGCCAUACAGCGAAAGUUGCCGCUCUACUCCACGACGAAAAACACAAUCUUGAAGAAGUAUGAUGGCAUGUUCAAGGAUGUUUUCGAAGAAAUGUUCAAUUCGCGUUACAAAGGAGAAUUCGCGAAACUCGGAAUAUGGUAUGAGCAUCGGUUGAUCGAUGACAUGGUGGCUCAAAUGUUAAAAUCUACAGGUGGGUUUAUUAUUGCCAUGAAAAAUUACGAUGGAGAUGUGCAAUCUGAUAUUGUAGCUCAAGGUUUCGGCUCGUUGGGGUUGAUGACCUCUGUCCUUGUUUCUCCCGACGGCAAGGCUUUUGAGAGCGAAGCAGCCCAUGGUACUGUCACCAGGCACUAUCGACUUCAUCAACAGGGGAAAGAAACCUCCACAAAUUCCAUCGCAUCUAUAUUUGCGUGGACCAGGGGACUAAUUAAAAGAGGCAGGUUGGAUGACACGCCAGAUGUCGUAAAGUUCGCAGAACUGCUAGAAAAGGCUACUAUUGCCACCGUCCAAGAGGAUGACAUCAUGACCAAAGAUUUGGCGCUAAUGCUGGACAAGACAGAGCGGUCAAGCUACGUUACCACUGAAGAGUUCAUCGAAGCGGUCGAAAGGCGCCUUAGUAGUGGCUUGGAGGCGCGCAGGUAA